GGAAGAGAGCAGUUUCCACCAGGACCUUGCUGAAAUACAGGCUGGGAUCAGACCUUGCUCAUGGUCCUGGGGAUGCGUCCCAACCACCUGGUGUGAGGCCCCUGCCAUGGUGACUGGCACUGAAGGUGACCAGGCGAUAUCUCUGAUACCCAGGAUAAAGGUCCCCAGGACGGUCCUGCGGGUGGUGCCACGAGGAGACGAGGAGCCCAUGGUGGUGCCUCCCAGCUCUCUUCCUGCUGCCCCAAAAAGAGACUGAGCCCCACCCACGAGCCACCGCGGCCUGGAAGCAGCUCACCAUGCUGACAGAAGACAUGAAGCUCUGGCACGGCUUAGCGAUCGCUGUGGUGUCCCUCAUCCUCCAGGCCUGCCUCCUUGCAGUCAUCAGCUACCUGCUCUGCAGGCACAUGGCCAACAAGAGUGAGCAGAUACUGAAAGAAGCCAGGCCCCAGGCCCUCAGGCCCAGCCCUGCCCAGGGCCCCGCCGCUGCUGCCAUGGAGAUGAAGGAGACUCGGGCAGAGAGAGGCGCGCCUGUGGCUGAGCCCUGCUACAGGCAUGACAGCGACACAUCCUCAGAUAGCUCUGACAGCUCAGUCAGCUCUGGAAGCUCGUCCCCCACCUGCCAGGCCGCCAAGGAUACAAAUUACACAAAGGUGGUCUUUCCAGUUCCUGGAGGCCGAAAAAAUGAGUCUGCCCUGGACUAUGAGAACAUAAAAGAAACCACAGAUUAUGUCAAUGUCAACCCAAAAUGCCACAAGCCCAAUUCCUGGACUGCUGUGAAGCCUGCUGUCUCUGAGCCAGUGGAAUACACUCAAGUAGCCUUGUGAGUUCUCGGUUUUUUUAAUAGGGUGUAGUUUUCUAUGACAUCUUGUAAUUUUUUUGUAGGGGAAUUACCUUUUUUUUUUUCAAACAAGAUAUAGGAGAAAAAAUAGGCUUGUAUCUCAGAAAGACUCAGAUCAGACCAAGAAGAGCUUCUAGGCGAAGCAUGCAAACCUUGCUGCACAUUGGUAGAGAAAGUGGUGAAGUGUUUCCAUAGAAUAUUUUGACAAAGACUUUAAUCAGCUGUAGUUGAGUUCUGCUUGGCAGUCUUAGGAUAAAUGGCUCUUCAAGCUCUUUAAUCAUCGGCACCAAACAACUUUCUUAAAAGUGUUAAGUGAAAUGGCAGCCACCGGUUCCUCUUCCCCUCUUGCUGGGCCUGCACGCAGUCCCCUUCUCAGCGCUGUAUCUUGCGUGGAACCCUGCUCUGCCCUCAGGACUUUGAAGAGUUCACAUAGGAUGCACACCAUCCAUCAUUCAACCUUUGAGUCCGCUGUUUCUUAUGGACGCAAGAUGACAAAGUCCUGGUAAACACCAACCAGCAUCACGAUCUGUGAUUCCAAGGAAAAUUUUCCCAGAUUCAAUCCAAAAAAAUGUAAUAGCCAUUCCUGAUUUGUCGUUUGUUUUUCAUUUGCUUAACCAAUUAGGAAUAAAAGGACACUUUCUUAA